UGUGUAUAAGUAAGGCUUAUAGGAGCAUAACAAAGCUUCCUUUUAUUAGGGAAGUCGUUGUGGCCGAGUGGACUUACGCACUGGUUUGACAAUCUUGCUAGGCGGUGGGUGCCGUACGUCGCUGGUUCGAAAAUUUUCAGUACCUAGUUGUGAUUAUUUAGUACUUUAUAUAUAUAUAUAUAUAUACAAUGCCUUUAAAAGUAUUUUACGUGGAUUUUAAUGUAAGAGUCCUUGUAUUACACAUACAUGUAGUGUGUGUUUAUCGAAAACAGGAAGUUGACUGGAAAUUGCGGAAGUAUGUUUAUGGAUAGACCACUUGUAAUAUUUGAGUAUACAUAUAUGCAAGUAGAAUACUGCAUCAGAUUGAUUCCCAGUGUUUAGUUGACGCUCUGUAAAAAAAAAAAACUGAAAUAAAACUCCUGCAUGAUUUGAGGUCACGAUACAAAAUGGCUAUUGUGGGAUAUUUACUUUACAUUUGUUUCAUGAGGGUGUGUUAUUUAAGCUGCUCACAAGUCGGACAGUUUGAGGAUUUAGUAUGAAGGUUAGGCAGACGAUAAAACAUGAUCACUAAACAGACCCUAGAACAAUGGAAGAGGAUAGCACUACCCCUAACACCAGCGGCAUUGACUUGCUGUUUGAUAAUCUGCUGUGUGAAAAUGCAGUAUAAGAUGAUUGAGCUUCAACACAAAGUAGACCUGCUAGAGAAAACCACGGCAUCCCAAUUAACAAAAAUAGAGCACACGCAAGAAUUGCACAGAAAAGCUCACUAUAAUUUUACAACAGAUCUGGAAUAUUUGACUCAGUCUGUUGAUGAACUACGUUAUCUAGUCAAGAUUACAGUAGAAAAACAAAACCAUUUUAAAGAAAUCUUUACAAACCAUUCCCAGGAUUUGCACACUUUAUACCGAAUUCACUCAAAACACCAAGAAACCUGCCUGCACACUGCCAAAGCUGAGUUAAAACACCAAUUUGAUGUUGAAAGACGAAAAGUCUUUGAAAGGCUCUUCGAGCAAAAAGGACAAAGUGUAAAUGAAGUGUUAGAAUUGUACUCACUCAGAACUGGCGGUACUAAGAGUGCGGGAUGUCAGUCAUCUGACCACCAUGUGUUGGAAUCACGUGCAACUAUUAGGUCCCUUAGGCACUUGUUUACUGAUAUAAAGAUGAGCGUCCAGCGGUGGAUGGUGACGUCACAAAGUGCUCUUUCAUCCUUUCAAGGGUUAGUGUACCGACACGUGACUUCUGAAAUAAUGGGUGUUAAAUUAUGGACUGUAGGACACAUCCAACGAAAGUUAACAUAUAAUGCAAAGCCUUUAAAUAAUCUAAAAGGACAAGUAUCUAGAAAUACUGCAAAAAUACUGGUUUUGAACAACACAAUGAAACGGAAUUCCUGUUCUUUUCCGAGUUUUACACCUACAUAUAAACCAAGGCAUGCAACAAGGACAACCACUAGAGACUCAGGAGAGGAAACAAAAGACUAUAGCAAAACCACUAAAGACUCGGGAGAGGAAACAACAGACUCUAGCAAAACCACUACAGACUCAGGACAGGAAAUGACAGACCAUAGUGAAACGAUUAUAGUCUUAGAAGAGGAAACAAUAGACUAUAGCAAAACCUCUACAGACUCAGAAGAGGAAACAAUAGAUUAUAGCAAAACUGCUACAGACUCAGGAGAGGAAACAUUAGACUAUAGUGAAACCAUUAGACAGAAGCAGAUAGCGGACUACAGACCAGAUACAUCGUUGGGGCCUCUAUUUACACUCCUCCUACUAACACCACUUAUGUGUAUCUUCAUGUGCUGUUUAUGGCUAAUGUGCUCCCGUGUGACUAAAACUAUCGGUUCAAAUGAAAGAAAGAAUCAUUCUUACAAGAAAUUCAAACCUUCAGAGGCUCAAUCAACUUCAAAGAGCAAACUUGAAAAUUCGCUAUGCUUGGUUGGUUUUGAACCUGGGAUCGAUCAACAAAUAUACGUACAAAUGGCAUCGGACCUGGUUGACACUAAAUGCACUCUGCAAAUAAAAAGAGUUUUGGUUCAUUCCACAGAAAUCCUUCACACUAUACCACCAUCCAAGGUCUUCCUUAUGUUUGUGAAUUACAACGAAAAGAAUUUGAUUAUAGAAGAGACAGAGGGUCUGAGGAGGAAGACGUUGUCACUGCUACAAAGCUCUGGAGCUGAGGUGACUGUGGUUUACUAUUGGGAAUUGUCUUCGAAACGCCUUGAUUGUGGACAGCUGUAUGCGCAAAAAUUGACCACGAUUGAUAAAAUGAAAGAACUUCGAGAUCUUCGUGAAAGGAACGCAAUAUUCAGUAUCUAUGACAAAUUCAACCAGACUCAAAAAGACGUUUUCCGUUCAAAACUUCGUGAUUUUGUAUAGAUUAGCGGUUGCAUGUGAAUUCAUUAUUAUACGUUAGAUUAUAUUUUAUUGUGAAUUAAUCCUGUAAGUUUCAGUAUGGAAUCGUUUUCAACACGCUUGUGAAAUGUGAAUUUGAGAAACAAAGGUAAUGAAACAUAUAUACAAUGACAGAAAAAGCAAUCAUUACGUAUGAUGAAGUAAGACAAAAACUUUACAGAUCAUACAUCAGACUAGAUAUUGAUUUUUUUUUUUAAAUUUCGGACUAGAUAUUGAUUUUCAAGGGUACAGCUGUUGUUGUUUUUUUAAAACUUGCAAGAUGUUACCAUUCAAGUACACUACGGAUGUAGCGACAGUGUAAUGCUCGUCCUAACGAUCUCACACAAUAAGCGAGCUAGCCUGGUUCCCGAUCUCUGCUAUGCUCCAUGUCGCAAGACCUUUAGUCAAUGAGCCAGGGAACUAACUAAAGGCGAGCUUACUUUUGAUUUAUGACAGGCAAAUGUAGGGAAGGCGAGACUGAGAUUAAAUUGAACUUAUCUCAGGUCUAUGACUCUGAGGCUUGAUUGUAAGAAAUCAAUUGCAUUGUUAAAUGCAUGUAUUAUCUAUGGAGCGCCAAAAUAACCUAAACUCAAUUAUUUGAAGAUGUCAUCCAUGAUUCAUUUGUUGCGCAAAUCAAUUCAGCUUAAGAUUUCUUCAAAUAAUCAAUGAUAUAGCUUCAAUUCUGAGUUAUUGCAUGCAUUAAUUGAGUUGGUGAUAGCAUGUAUACUGCUGAAUUGAUGCGCGCUAUAAUUGAAGUAAUUCUUCUUUUACAGAUAGCAACCAUCUAAUUAGAGAUUUCUUUAAUUCAACAUAGCCAUCAUUGAAUUAAUUAUCUCUUUCAUUAAAUGUUGCUCUCUUUAAAAGAAUUGAUGCUUACAUUAAUUCCUUGUACAAAAUCGUUGUAUAUAAUUAAAUAUAUCUUUAAUGAAAUUAAAAUUAAAAUUUUAGGAGCAAUAAUUCCACCACAUUAAUGCGUUCCUCAUAUUGAAUUGAUGAGAGCAAUACUUGAUUUGAUGUGCGCAUCAAAUUAAUCAUUGCUCUCGUCAAUUCAUUGGAUGAUAUCUUCAAAUGGUUAAAGAUAUCUUAGAUUAUUUGAGUUUAUGUUAAUUUGCCGCUCCAUAAUUAUCAUCCUUUCAGCAUUGCGCACUCUUUUUUCUUCGACAAUAUGGCAUCAUAUGUUCUAUUCCAGAAGCUGUUCCGUACUUACCCAAAGUAUUAAGCGGGAAUUUUGAAAUAUAGAUAUAAAAAAAAAUGCACACAGUAAAAGGUUUUAGAAAUUUAGAUUAUAAACAAUAGAUUAUUAUUUUUCUAAAGAUGUAGUCUCAUUACUGCAGCGAUGUGUUCUUCAAUCUGUAUACACAAACCAUCGCAGUUAUGAAACUAUAUCUUUCAGACAAUAAGCAUUGCUUAGAUAUCUUUAACGUUGUAAGAUUUUUUAUUUGUAUUAUGUUUGCCUUUUUGUUUUGUUCUUAGAUGCAUGAUGAAGACUUCCUCUUGUUAAGAUCUUUAAUUUGUAUUUUGUUUUCGUUCUUACAUGCAUGAUGAAGACUUCCUCUUGUUAAGAUCUUUUGAUGUUUAUGAAUGAAUGAGCUUCCCUUGUGGGCUUUUCAAUCAAAUGUGCACGAAAAUGGAAAUUCCCGAAAUAUAAACAGCACAGAGAAAGAUCCUUUUCCCCGAAAUGAAUUGAUUUACAUACUGAUGUUGGUAUUUUCCGCAUUUUAGCGAAAAUGAUUUCCAAAAGAAUGUCAUAUUGUGAUCACCAGUACUUUUUUUUUUUAAAUGUUUGAUUAUAAGAUAUCAGUAAUUAAGAUUUCUUUUCAUGUUUUUCAGCAUGACAACAUUACACGGUAUGAUCAGAGGGGCAACAAAAUAUGUAGUUUUAUAUCUUUAUCAUUUUAGAAGCAAAUUAAAUCAACUGUAUACACAUCGUACUUUUGAAAUGAAAAAAAAAACAAUGGUUCAAUCUAUCAAUUCAUAUGAAACUGAGUAAACAUGAACAUUGUUUUAAACCUGAAUGCACGCUUUAGAGAACCGUAUGAUCAAAGUCUGUAAGAACCCUUAAUGAAAUCAUUGAUGUGUCCUAAUACGGAGGAUAGCUUACCGUGACAUACACGUGUGAAAUAUUGAUCCACACUAUCAAAUAUUCAAAACAAUUUACAUACACUGUAUAGAGGGUUACUUGAUGAAAGUUUUUACUUGUUUGGUAAAUUUGAAUCAACUUGUAUCCAUCAAUAAAGCGUUCUUGAUCCGCC